AUGUCCGCUACUCCAGGUCGCCGUCGCGCGACACCCUCUCAGCGCACUUUACGCUCAUACACCUAUCAACCACCCGAAGCACCACUCACCUUAGAAGACCAGCGUCAGUUUGCCUCACUUCUCUCGUCGAGCUACCUCCGCGAUCUGCGCACUCAUCUUCAGCAUGCUAUCGAAUCGCUCACGGCCUCGGGCGGUGAGGUGAAUGAGCGCCUUGCGGACGCACGCGGCCGCUACGAGAAAGAGAAGGAGAAAAGACGACAGAAUGGAGAUGAAGAAAUACCCGACGAAGAAAACGAGGAGUAUCAGCGUCUCGCGGAGGAAGAGGCGAAAGUUGAAGCCAUCACUGCGCGAUUGGAAGAGAGGACGCGGUCGAUUGUUGACUCGCACGCCCGAUUGCAAGGCCUCACGGAUGCGGUGGGGGAGGUUGAGAAGGAGGAGGGAGCCUUGGUUGAAGCUGCGAUGGGAGCUCGACAGACGCGGUCUCGGCGCUCACGACGUAACGCCAACGAUGAUGAUGAGGGUGACGGCAAUGCCGAUGAAGAUCCCCAGGACGAUGAUUAUGAAGAUCCCCAGGAGAGGGAGACGAGGGAACGCAAUGCACAGAACCCGCCCAGCAGCCGCAUCAUGGCCAAGGUGACAGAGGACACCGAGAAGUGGAAUAGUUUAUCUUUGACAGAGAGAUAUGCCGGUGAUAAUAACUACAUCGGCUUCUACAAAAUGGUCCACGACUCCAAAUUCCCCAGUGACGACGUGCCCCCUCUCCCACACUCUUCGACAUGGUUCUCGCACAUGGAAGACCCGACUCAGUCGACGGGAGCAAACACGCGCUCGCGACAGAACCAAGCGCCAGAAGACGACGAUGAAAUCGCCAUCCAGCGCGAGCGUGUCUCACUCAAAUGUCCACUAACGCUCUUGCCCUUCGUGGAUCCCGUGACGAGCACGAAAUGCCCGCACAGUUUCGAGCGCCAGGCCAUUGAAGACAUGAUCACGAGUAGUCGGACUACUGUUGCGCCUCCAAAUUCGCGCAAGGGUCAGGCUCGCGUGAAAUUUGUCAAGUGCCCUGUUUGCACUACUCCACUCUCCGCGCAUGACUUGCGACCCGAUCCCAUUUUGCUGCGGAAGGUUCGUCGGGCUCAGGAGCUUGAGGAGCGCGAGGCGGAUGAUGAUCACCUUGAAGAUGGGCGGAAGAGCAAGGAUCGCAAUGAGGGCAUUGAGCUUGGUAGCGAUGAUGAGAGCGAUGGCGAUGCUAUGGAUGUCGAUGCUCAGCCUUCGCAGCGAAUCAAGGCGGAGCCGCUCAGUCAAGCUGCUCGUGCUCAGGCUGAUAGUGAUGACGAGGAAGAGGAGGAGGAGGAUGACAGCGAGGAAGAGGGGGAAGAUGAAGAAGGAGAGCGAGAGGGUAGUAAUGACUCUGAAGGGCAAGUUCAGGGCAGACAAGAGCAAGAGGAACAAGAUGGAGCUUACCAAGAUGCGGAUGAAACAGGUAUUGACGAGGAUAAGGAAGAGGAGGAUGAAGAGGUGGAAGAAGAGGUGGAUCGGAAAAAGGAAAAAGGGCAAGUCCAGGACAGACAGGGAGAAAAAGAGAAAAAUGAAGCUUACCAAGCGGACAAAACAGGUACUGAAAUUGAAGAAGAAGAAGAAGAAGAAGAAGAAGAAGAAGGAAAUGAUCAAGAGGAGGAUCAAGAGGAGGAUGAAGGGCAAGUCCAGGGCGAACAAAGUGACGACGAUCACGAUGAAGCUUACCAAGAUUCGGAAACUACAGAUACCGACGUCAAGGAUGAAGAAGAGGGAAGCGAUAUCCUCGCACGUGAAGAAGAUCCCACAAAGUCCACUGCUAUUGAGAAUAACGAGGCAGAUAAAGGACCAGUCGAGGAAGCUGAACCUCCAAAAGGACAGAUUGAACAUGACGGCAAGAUCCCAGAGCCUACCACUGUUGCGGAGCCCUCGGAUGAGUCUUCCGAUGAGCCUUUUGUUGAUGAGCCUUUGGUUGACGAAUCUGUUGUCGCUGUUCCUGCUAUCGCUGAGCCCGCUGUUGCUAAGCCUUCUGUUGCUGAGCCUGCUGUUACUCGGCCCGCUGUUACUGAGCCCUCUAAUAAGUCUGCUGCGGAUGAAACUUCUGUUGACGAGCCUGCUAUUCCUGAGCCUUCUAUCGCUAAGCCUGCUGUUACCGAGCCUGCUGUUACCGGGCCCUCCGAUGGGCCUGUUGACGAGCAUUCUAUUGUUGAGCCUUCUAUCCCUGAGCCUGCCAUUCCCGAGCCUACAAUUUCUGGGCCCGCUAUCGCUAAGCCUGCUGUUGCUGAGCCUUUCAAUUCGUCUGCUGCGGAUAAAACUUCUGCCCAUGAGCCUCCUGUUGACGAGCCUGCAAUUCCCCAUCCCGCUGUCCCUGAGCCCGCUACUGGAACUGCUGCCCUUGAGCCCGCCGUUCAGCCUUCCACAUCUGAGCCAUCUGUUGAUAAAUCCCCCGUUUCUAAGCUCCCAGUUGCCGAGCCCUCCAUUGAAAAGCCCUCUGUUCCUGACCCUCCUGUCGAUGAACCCUCUGCUACUGUGCCCCCCUCUGGACCUUCUGUUGCCGUGUCUCCUGUUGCCGGGCCUCCCACUGCCGAGUCUCCUGUUGAUGAACACAGCGACGAGGAAGAAGAGUCCGACUCUUCCAUUAAGAGCGAAUCCAGUGAGGACAGUGAUGAAUCUUCUUCUGAGUCAGAGGAUUCAGUGUCCGUGAAGUCCAGUGGAAGCGAGAGUGAUUGA